AUGGCCGCCGCGAACGCAGGCCCCGAGGCCGAGGCCGCUGCCGCCGGCCACCGUUUCGACUUCGACGUCAUCGUGGUGGGCGCGGGCAUCAUGGGCAGCUGCACGGCGCACGCGGCCGCGGCCCGCGGCGCGCGGGUCCUGCUCCUGGAGCGGUUCGACCUGCUGCACCACCUGGGCUCGUCGCACGGCGAGUCCCGCACCAUCCGCGACGCCUACCCCAAGGCGCAGUACCCGCCGAUGGUCCGCCUCGCGCGCCGCCUCUGGGCGGAGGCCGAAGCCGAGUCGGGCUACAGCGUGCUGACCCCGGCGCCGCAGCUCUCCAUGGGCCCGCGCAGCAACGCGUCGCUGCUCGCCGCCAUCAGGAGCGACCCCGGCGCCGAGGAGGAGGAGGCGGACCUGGCGCGGAGGUGGGGCGGCGCGUUCCGUGUCCCCGACGGCGACGGGUGGGUGACCGCGGUGAGCGAGCGCGGCGGCGGCGUCCUGAACGCGACCAAGGCCGUGGCCAUGUUCCAGGCGCUCGCCGUCAAGAAGGGCGCCGUGAUCAGGGACAAGACGGAGGUCGUUGGCGUCAGGAAGGAACCCGAGGAGGAGGGAGGAGGCGUCGUGGUGACGACGAGCGCCGGCACCGAGUUCCACGGCGGCAAGUGCGUGGUGACGGUAGGCGCGUGGGCGAGCAAGCUGGUCCGGUCCAUCGCCGGCGGCUUGGAGCUCCCCAUCCAGCCGCUGCACACGAUGGUCCUGUACUGGCGCAUCAAGCCCGGCCGCGAGCGGGACCUCGCGGCGGAGUCCGGUUUCCCGACGUUCUCCAGCUACGGCGACCCGCACGUGUACGGCACGCCGUCGCUGGAGCUGCCGGGCCUGAUCAAGAUCAACUACGACGGUGGCCCGCCGUGCGACCCCGACGGCCGCGACUGGGCCCACGGUGGCGGUGGCGUGGAGGAGCGGGUUGCCCGGUGGAUCGAGGAGUUCCUGCCCGACCACGUGGACACCGCCGGCGGGCCGGUCUCCAGGGUGUCGUGCAUGUACUCCAUGACGCCAGACAAAGACUUCGUCAUCGACUUCCUCGGCGGCGAGUUCGGGAACGACGUUGUGGUCGGGGCUGGGUUCUCAGGGCACGGGUUCAAGAUGGCGCCGGCGGUGGGGAGGAUCCUGGCCGAGAUGGCCAUCUAUGGCGAGGAGAGGACAGCGACGGAGGCCGGCGUGGAGCUCGGCAGCUUCAGGAUCAACCGGUUCGAGGGUAACCCCUUGGGAAACGCCAAGAAUUAG